AUGCAUGGGGAUGUUCUCGAUGAGGACUCAGAAAUGACAGACUGGCUGAUCGAGCGCGAUUCAAAAUCCGGUGUUGUAUUGCACGACAGACUAAUGACAGAUGCCGCAUUAGGCGCCGCACCCAUCAAGACAGAACACUCAUACAGUCUACAUUCAGAUGUUGAGUCUGCACCCCCUUCGCCACAUCAUACCAAAGUCGACGACAUGGAAGACGAAUGCUAUCCGGCGAUGCCAGCGAGCGCGUGGAGUAGUCGACGGCGGUCCAGUGAUUCACCCCCGCGGGAGGUUAAGGCUGAACCGAAAUCUGAACCAGAGUCACCUGCUUCGUCAUGCCCCCCUUCACCUACCCCUGGCACACCUGUCGCACACCUCGACUAUGUUAUUGACCACACGACUGGAACAAUCCAUAUGCCACAAGCUGUGUUACAGAAAGUCGGUGCGGCAGGCAUGCCUCAACUGUUACUGAGCGCCGCACCGCGACUGGCGAACUCCCUCAACUCCAACAAGUUAUCCAUCAAGGUCACCUCCAGCUCAGGUGCUUCGGGCUUCAACUUACCGCCCACACCGCCUUCAUCUCUCUCAUCAUCAGACAGCGAGGGAGCUCUGUCCCCCGCACACGAGGCGUCGGCUGCCCCCCUCGCACCUCCCGCGGCCCCCGCUCGGCGCUCCCACCUGUACGUGUCGCAUCAUACGAGACAACCAAUCAACACGCCACUCAUUAGCAGUCAACCGAAAGGCUCUACUGGCACGUUGGUGCUGACAGAAGAAGAGAAACGCACGCUACUCGCUGAAGGGUACCCCGUCCCAACCCGUCUGCCACUUACCAAGGCCGAAGAGAAAUCACUCAAGAAAAUCAGGAGGAAAAUAAAGAAUAAGAUAUCAGCCCAAGAAAGUAGACGCAAAAAGAAAGAAUACAUGGAUCAACUGGAAAGGAAAGUCGAGGUCCUUAUCUCCGAAAAUACAGACUAUAGAAAGAGGGUAGAAACCCUUGAACAGAAGAACGCGAGCCUGUUGAGCCAGGUGGCGUCCCUGCAGGCCAUGGUGGCGCGCGGCGCCAGGAAGUGA